GCGAUGAAAAAAAAGUUUCUGGACUAUUAGAUUCUCCAGCCACUGAGAAAAUUUAUAACCUCUUUCAAUACUUAAAUCGAGGCACUUCAGCAAUAGGAGGAAGUUUAUUACUAGUUGGUAGAGGAGACUUUGAUAAUCAAUACACACAAGUAGGAGGAAUAACCACCUUGAUUUCUGUUUAUAUCGAAUUCUUUUCUUCCAUCGCCAAGGAAAAAUUAUUUAAUGUCGAAGAAAGAAAAAAAGAAUUAGACGAUCUUAAAAAAGACACAGAAAACCUUUGUUCUAGUUACUGA